UUGCUGUGCUCAAGAUUAUUUCAUCUGAUGUCAAGGAAAAAGCAGCAAUGUCUUCGCUGUUUGUACAUGAAGAUGACGAGAGGGUGCCGCUGACGCCAUGCGUGGUCUACUCUGGCCCCAGCUUGGAGCAAGCAGAGUUUCUACACCUGCACGUCGACAACCGAAACAUCUUCCGCGUCAGUAAUGCCGAAGAAGGAAUGAUAGCGCUGAUGAGUGCAUAUUUUAUUUUUAAUAUUGUGUACGGGCGCAAGGCGUUCAAUACUACCACCGUGCUAGAACGGCUUUUUCUUGGCAUGAGCAACACUUCACCGAGACCUGUGGCUACGAAGUUCGUGAACAAAGUUGUUCAGGCAAUUCGACGCUGAAAAUUUUAGCGUCGCAUUGCCUGAACAACUUUCUUCAGUUGGUUUGUGCUAG